UCCAACGUUGCAUUUAUAUAUACACAAUCUCCUUCGAUGAAGCCCCCACAACGCUAUUCACCAUUUUGUGUUCCACUCAAAGCAUACACGACACAAACUUGGAAACAUUCGCAUUUCCAAACAGUACUAUAGUUGGAAAACAUGUCGGAUUGGGGUCCAGUGUUUGUGUCGUUGGUGCUCUUCGUGCUCUUAACUCCGGGUUUGCUGUUUCAGGUGCCUGGGAGGGGAAGGUGCGUGGAGUUUGGGAACUUUCAAACAAGUGGUGCUUCCGUACUCAUUCACUCCCUCCUCUACUUUGGCUUCAUAUGUGUGUUUUUGCUGGCUAUUAAGAUCCACUUGUACCUCGGCUAGUUCAUUUUGCACACCUUAAUCACAGCCACUAACUUUUGUUGGGGUAUUCGGAUAGAUCAAUGUUUCUGUUCGUUAUUUCAUUGUUCUUCAUGUUUUGUUAUUCUUGUCCUUAUUGCAUGUAAUAAAAACGGGGUUUUGUUCU